AUGUCCACCAGCAGCCGCGGUAUUUUGAUUGCCGGGUUGACGAACCGUGCUCGAACACAGAUGGCGGAGGGUAUUCUCCGUCGACUGACAGCGGGAACCAUAUUUAUAAAGAGCGGCGGUGUGCAUCACGAGUCAACCAUACAUCCGCUUGCAGUUAAAGUCAUGAAAGAUAUCGGCAUUGACAUUAGCAAACAGUCUGUGACGUCACUCGAAGCCGCACGCAGGCAACAGAACACGUACGACGUAUACAUUAGCAUUGACUGCAGUUACGAGCGGCGAACACUGGAUAAAUCGCAACCACCACGUGCGGAGGUUCGGCGUCGGGAGAGUUUCACCGUAGAAUAUGGAGACGACGGUAGUGGUCCCAGAGGCGGCGAUGACCCGGUGCGUUACGACCCGCUACUAGUUCCGCGCACCCCAUCUCACUGGAGUGUUGGUGUUGACGCAACCGACGUGCGGCGUCGCUGGCAGAUAUGGAGUCCCCGGGACCCCUCCAUAUUUCAUGAAACCUCCACGCGGAAGUUUCAGGAUCACUUAUACGAAGGGGAGCCACUCUUCAUGCAGUUACGACAAUGCCCUUGGAGAACUCAGGCGAAAGUUUCUGAGCGAUGGGAGAUGGAUGAAGUGGCAAUACGAUAUCCUGUGGAGCGUCAUAGCGCACAUGAGCUUCGUUUUGUGCAGGCGCGCGAGCAGCUGUUGCAGAGGUCUUUCGAUCUGCUCACAAAACUUGAGAAGCAUUAUGGUGAAAGGCUCCUGCUUGACAGAGCGCUACUGGAGGAAUUUAUUUCAUAG